UAGCCUAUCAUCCAUUGUGAGAAAGAGUACUUUCGACAAUUCUAGCGUCCACCAAACAGUAUAUAUCGUCGACACAAAGCAUCUGAAUGUAAUCUUAGGUUGUGUUCUCUGCAACGUCCAAAAAUAGCCAGGUUCGGCCAAAUAUCGCUUGCCGAUUAGGCGUUCGGCGAUUUGUCCAGCUGCCUUCGCAACCAAAAGCAUCAUUGAAGUGUGGCUGAAUUUGAGUCCGCUAAAAAUUGUUAUUCUGUGAUCCUUUCUAUUGUUUGCAACAAACAAAAGGUUCAGCUAAUAGUGACUAUCCACGUCAAGAUAUCCAAUCAGUUAUGAAAAGGAUUUAAAGGUAACUAGGAAGAAUCAUCUGAAUUGCCCUAGAAGAACUUAAGUAACGUCGCUUUUAGAACCAACGGGUUGUUCUCAUCCCCUAAAUCUUGGGUCAUAUUUUUGGCGAAGUUCUGUGGACACCGAAAAGACAGCAAACCAUCUGCGCGUACGCACCGAUUACUGCGUCCAGGAAGCAAACUAUUUUGUUGGAACAUUUGAGUGACGCUCUUUUUCCCUUCAAGAGCAUUUGUUAAAAGCCGGUAUGGUAGCGCUACUGAGAUCAUUAACUCCACUCUCUUACACAAUUAACUCCGCCUCGUGUCUUUGUGACAUUAGAGUUUUGGUUGUGUCCGGACGCAAAGUGAUGGGUGUUGAUGACAGUCUCAUCCAAAUCCAUCACCCAAAUGGAAUGCAAAUUGGUAUCCUUCUUCAGUACAAGCUGCCGAAGCAAGAAGUUGAGAGGCGAAUGCCAAUGCAAAAAAACGCAACACAAAGCAACCAAUUCUCUCCACUGGACUGGAUCCGGAGUACAACGCCACAACCGCUUUGAUCUUGCCUUUUUGCUUUGGUGUUGAAGGGCUCAGAUACUCAGAUACUCCCAUUACUACCUGUAGCUAGCCAUCAGUAGGUUGAAGCGGCAGCAGCAGCAGAUCAGAUGUCCUCCACAAAAAUCUCCUUCAACGAAGAAGAGCCGCAAGUCCGGACAAUGAGCCCCCAGCGGUACGAUACUUCUUCUUGCAUUGAUAGCGACGACGACAUGAGUGCGGCAGGUGGUUACGCGGCUACAGACAACUCCAAGGAGAUGAUCUCGUUGGAAAACUUUAAAGGCAUCUUGCACAAACACGCCAUGGACUCGUCGUGUCAUGAUCAGCUUGGCUCGAACACCAAUCAUACCGGUACGACCAGCAAACGCAUCAGUUCCAAGAUUCUGAGUUUGGUCGGCAACCCAUCGACGUUCAAACGAACUGCGGGAGAACGUCGCGAAAAACGCAAGCAAAUGACGUACGAACCGACGCAUCGAUGGUGGGAACCUCCCAUUUGGGCGUGGUUGCCGCAGUGCAAUCGCGAGAUUCUCGUGAUUUUGUUCGUGUACAAUGUCUUUGUCACCACCAUGGCCCGGUACUCCAAGAUGUGCGGUGAUCCGGAGCAUCACGAUCCGGGACACAUUUUCUGCAGUGACGAAUGGAUUCUCAUGGAAGACAAGGCACUCGUUGGAUUUGCUGUCGGCAUGUUUUUACUACUCGCCUUUCGCGCCAAUCAAGCAUACGAUCGAUGGUGGGAAGGACGCAAAGUCUGGGGACGCACUCGGGAAGUCUGUCGCGAUUUUUCCCGUCUCGUUUGCAAUCACGUCGAUUGUCAUACGGCUUCCGAUAAAGCCGAUCGACGACGCGCCAUUAAUUUCUUGACGGCAUUCGCAUGUGCCCUCAAACUUCAUUUGCGCGACGAACGACACAUUGUGCUCGAUUUGACACUCCAAGGAACAACCGUCGGGGAUCGACUCAAAGGAUUGAGUCUCCAAGAUAUUGCCAACAUUCAACAAGCCGAUCACAUGCCCAACUUUUGUAUGGACAUUAUCAGUGACUAUCUGGCCAAACAAACCAAGGCGGGCAAAUUGUCCGAUUACCAAUUGGGCACGCUCAAUGAAACUGUCAUGGCCGUUCUCUCGGACAAGUUGGGAUCGUGCGAACGCAUCCGCAACACACCCAUUCCCUUGUCGUAUGUCCUCCAACUACGAUUCUUUCUCAUUCUAUGGUUGGCACUCUAUCCACUCCACGUCGUUGCCUUUUACGGAUGGUACACCAUCUUGUUGGCAUCGCUUGUCUCGUAUGCUGUUCUUGGCAUUGAAUCCAUGGCCUCGGAAAUUGAAAAUCCGUUUGGAUAUGAUCGCAACGAUUUGGAUCUCGACAAGUUUUGUCAAGGCAUUUGCAAGGACACACAAGAUAUCCUCGAUCGACACGAAUCUCAAGAUCGACAUUUGCUCUUUGAUCGAAAACACAUCGAUUUGCUCAAUAAGAGUCAGCAAUUCCAUGCUCCUACUGCCGCCGAAGCGGCCUACAUGCAAGGAGAAACCAACAAUCGUGGAGGCGUCCAAGUCUUUGAUGCCGAUGCCCCAGGAGACGAUAGUCUUCCCAGUUCUACAUCCACUACCAAUUCCAAGUAA